CCAGAUUUAUCUCUCAGUUGCAGCAUACUAGACGACAGAUAAAGUACGUGUUUAGUCGAGAAGACGCGAAGAUAAUUUGCCAUCGUUGCACUCUUUGCUCUGAGGUGGAUUUGGAUUUUAUGUACAACAUGACAUUUGAGGAACUAAGUGGGGAUUAUUCUCAAGAAAGAAUGGAUUCAGUGGCAAAAGCUUUGGAAGAAGUCCUCACCUCUGCGUUACCACAGGGCUGCAUUACAGUGGGAGUCUACGAGGCUGCCAAGUCACUAAAUGUAGACCCCGAUAAUGUGGUUUUGUGCAUCCUGGCUACGGAUGACGAAGAUGUGAAAGAUGUGGCCCUCCAGAUCCACUUCACCCUCAUUCAGGCUUUCUGCUGCGAGAAUGACAUCAACAUCUUGAGAGUCAACAAUACCAGACGUCUGGCAGAAAUACUGGGAGGUGGAGGAGGUGGAAAACAGAGCGGGGGUGAACCCAUGGACCUACACUGUGUCCUUGUUAAUAGUCCACAUUCAACAUCAUGGAAGGACCCUGCUUUAAGCAAAGUGAAUCGAUUCUGCAGAGAAAGCCGCUGCAUGGACCAGUGGGUGCCCAUCAUCAAUCUGCCUGAACGAUGAAGACCUGCAAAACCCUGUAAAUGGACUUAAAACUGCACAAAAAGAGUGGUGUGAACCCUGAUGGACACGUUACCACCUAGAGAUCAAAUUCCAAGCACAGUUGAUGGGGGAAAAAGACACCACUGUCUACUUGGGAUUAUUUAAAGGCGGCAAAAAAAAAAAGCUGGAUAGAUUUCCACUUGGACAGUAUUGUUUGGAGUUGCGUCUGUCAACCUUGGCAACCUCGAUAAGAUGGCGAGACUGUUGUAUUGUCAUGAGGUGGGAAUUAAAAAAGCAUGUGUGCUUUUUCAUGUGAAACUGGACACUGUACAGAAGGAUCAUAUCAUGUGUUUGUUUGGUAAAGCCUCUGUGACGACUCAGAACAGUCGGGAGAAACCCAAAAAAGGAGCUGUUGAGUGGACCAGGGCCUCGGCCUCUCUCUGCAGAAACAAAGCACUUGUUGAAACACUGGACCUGCAUUUUCAUUUAUUUGAUUAAAUCUGUUAAUGUUGAUGUUGCUAUUGUCAUAAUUUAAAAAGGGAAGGGCUAAACAUCCAGUGAAGACAUUCUAUGUAUUUAGUGUUUCUUAUACAAGCUGUUUUUUGCCACAAGUAUAAUAGUUCUUUUGUUACAAUUUAAGUUAUUUCUAAUGAUAUUUAAGUGUAUUUAUGUUUCAUUUUUUACCUUAACCAUUUGCAAAUUCUGAAUACAAGACACAUAUGUAUUACUGUCAAUAAAAAAGUAUUUUUGGA